UAUAACCUAUCGGCACUAUGGCCACUUCCCCUGGCUUCAUCACAGCCCUGUUCAUGGCUAGAAGGGAUACAGCUUUUGUCAAAUUAACGUUAAAAAUAUACAUUUUGUUAAUUUUCGUUAACCUUUACUCUUUUCCAAAACUAAACCUAAUUCUCCUAACCUGCUACGAAAAGUCGUUCUGACAAAAGCUGUGUCCAUCUAGUCAAAAACCCUCCGCUUCCCUCCCACUUGUGUUGGUCCGUGAGGAAGUCGCAAGAUGGCUGACAGCGCUCGGAAGUAUGCUCCCUUCCUCCACAUGAAGUCGUGAGUUUGGAAGUAUGCUCCCUUCCUCCACAUGAAGUCGUGAGUUUGGAAGUAAGCGAGGGAGUUUGUAUCAGGCGUUUGUUUUUAUUUAAGUUAUUGUAUUUCUCCAAACAGCCCAUUUCAUUCCUGUGGACCCAGUUAGCUAAAAGCUCCUGUAGAUGGCUAACGGUAUCAACAUAUACAUGACCUAGUACAUUACAUUAGCUAGCACUUGCAAUUCGAACUAGUCUAACAAAUAUUUGCACUGUCAGGUUAAGUAUUCCGCUGUAGUCAUGUUCACUAACUAGAUCAUUCGCAGAGGGUUUCUUCGUGUGAACCAGGAUUAUAACUUUGGAGUUGGAAGCAUCGCCCAAAUCAUAACUACAGAUGGCCAGUCAGCUGCCAGUCACAUUUUCAGGUGUUAACUAGUUAAGGACUAGUCAACGAGAAACUUCAGUUGUUUUGCUGGCAGUUUACCAAAAUACUACCAGGGAUGGACACACACGACCAAAUGUAGCAACGUUAGCCAGGUUGCUAACCAGCUAGGCAGGGUUGGGGGGCGCAACUAGCUACCGGCGACAACAGCCGUGUAGUCAGUCAGUUACUGUCAGAGACGAGUUAGUCAGCCGCCCGUUUCCAGUUAGCUACCAGAUUGACACCAACCGAGCCUUCCCCCGGACAGACCCACCGGCUCAACAACACCGGGAUGGGCGUGCAGGGCUUCCAGGAGUAUCUGGAGAAACGGUGUCCCGGGGCUGCCAUCCCCGUGGACCUCCUCAAACUAGGCCGUACUGCGGGACGCCAGCACCACCACCCCGGCCCUCUGCCCCUUCCACCACCGGCCCGGAUACUCAUCGAUGCUGACUCCGGUCUGCAGCGUCUGUACGGCGGCUACCAGACGGACUGGGUGUGCGGCGGGGAGUGGAACGCCAUGCUGGGAUACCUGUCCGCUCUGUCCCAGGCCUGUCUGUACCAGGGCGGGCUGGAGCUGGUCGUGGUGUUCAACGGGACCCUGGGGAAGGAGCGGUGGCCGGAGUGGGCACGCCGGGCCCAGGGGCAACGCCAGACGGCCCAGCUCAUCGUUAACCACGUCGGCAGUAAGGCCACUCCGCCUCCCCGCGCCUGGUUCCUGCCUCCUGCCUGCCUCAGUCACUGUGUCCGCCUCGCCAUGUUCCGCUUCAGAGUGCGGGUUGUCCAGACGUUGGAGGACCACCACCAGGAGGUGCUGUCCCUCUACAGGGACUUUGGUUUCUGCGGUCUGAUCGCCCAGGACUCAGAGUUUGCUCUCUGCAACGUGCCCGCCUACUUCUCCUCGCAUGCCCUCAAACUGUCCUGGAACGGCAAGAACCUGACCACCCACCAAUACCUGCUCUCUGAAGCAGCCAGACAGCUGGGUCUGAAGACACAACAACUGCCCUGCUUCGCUGCUCUGCUGGGGAACCAUAUUCUCCCUGAUGAGGACCUGGCUGCCUUCCACUGGAGCCUUUUAGGACCAGAACACCCCCUGGCCUCACUCAAGGUGCGUGCCCACCAGUUGGUGCUGCCUCCCUGUGAGGUGGUUAUCAAGGCGGUGUCUGAGUACGUCUCCUCCUUUAAAGACCUGGGGAACCUCGACGCUGUUGCCAGGGACGUCUUCAACCAAUCCCAGUCUCGUAUGGAGGAUAAGGUGGAACGUUUUAAGAAGGCUGUGGAGUAUUUCUCAUCUGCCUCUAAACCACGCCCACUCUCCAUGGGACCCUCCCCCUACCUUUGGUUUGGUCCGGCUCCUUUUGGCAGUCCUCCUGGCCACAUGGGGGCAAUGCAGCCUGGAAAGCACCAGGGGGUAAAUCCACCCUAUCCGAAUGCUCCGUGUGGACCAGGCCACGCCUCUCUGUUCCAGAACCUGGCCCCCCUGCCGGACUGCAAUGAUUCGCUGUCUGGGACAAUGGGCUACAUGGAUUGGUCGGCUCCAUAUGACCAGGGAGGAAGUAGAUUAACGAAUCACCACACGUCCGCUCCCUCUGGCCCCUCCCACUCGCCAUCGUCUUCCUCCGAUGGAGACGAACCAAACGACAGCAGCCACCAUCUGACAGACAAGUCCUCCGGGUGGGACGAUCCGUCCGGCCGGGGGAGUGGAGGGGAUGGUUCCCACGGUACCGGGAGCGGGUCCAACAUUCCAUCGCUGUUGUCAAUGGCGACGCGGAGUCACAUGGACAUAACCACGCCCCCUCUGCCUCAAGUCAGCGCUGAGGUGUUGAGAGUAGCAGAACACAGACAUCGCAGAGGACUAAUGUAUCCAGAGAUAUACCACAUACUGACCAAGGGAGAGAUGAAGAUGGCGGUGUGUAUAGAAGAUGAUUGUAACAGUGAACUGCCUCCAGCCUCUCUGCUGUUCAGAGCAGCCAGACAGUACAGCUAUGGGGUCCUCUUCAGCCUAGCUGAAACACACCGACACCUCGAGAGACUCGCCAUGCGCAACAGAGGACCCCUCGAAGUUCCUCCAGUGAUAGUGAAGGAGUGGUCCAGUGGGAAGUCGAAGUCGGCCCUGACCCCGGAGCUGGUUCCAGCGCUGUGCUUCAGAGAGUGGACCUGUCCUAACCUGCGGAGGCUGUGGCUUGGUAGAGCCAGUGAAGAUCGCUCCCGGAGGACCAGAGCUUUCCUAGCCUGUCUGCGCUCUGACUGUCCUGCCUUACUCAACCCUGCUCAGGUCCCACAACACCUUCUGCUCAUGUGCUGCGUGCUCAGGUAUAUGAUGCAGUGGCCAGGUGGUGGUAUUCUACAGAGACAUGAGUUAGAUGCCUUCCUGGCCCAGGCAGUCUCUAACCAGCUCUACGAACCAGACCAGCUACAGGAACUGAAGGUAGAGAAGGUAGACAGUCGGGGGGUCCAGCUGGCGUCUCUCUUCAUGGCGGGCGUGGACACUGCUCUGUUGGUCAAUGACGUGUGUGGUCAGCCGUUACCAUGGGAACACUGCUGCCCCUGGGGCUUCUUCGACGGGAAACUCUUCCAGACCAAACUGGCCCGCGCCGGCCGAGACCGACUGGCCCUGUUCGACAUGUGUGAAGGACAGGAGGAGCUGGUGUCUCGUGUGGAGAAGAUGCGUCAGGCCAUUCUAGACGGCAUCAACUUUACUCGUCCUCCUCCCCCUCUCCCCCCUCUUUCCUUCCUCCGCCCUCCCCCCUUCUACCCCCCACCCCCCCUCUACCCCCCCCGGCCCAUGGGUAACAUGCCCCCCCACUACCACCCUCAUCAUCCUCACCACCACCCAAAUGAUCCUCACCACCACCCUCAUCAUCCUCACCACCACCCAGCCCAGCAUCGACCCAGAGGCUUCCCAGGUCUGCAGUCGAUCCCCCCUCAGGGAGGGAAGUUGGAGAUAGCCGGCAUGGUGGUGGGCCAGUGGUCCGGGAACAAACCACUGCGUGGCAGAGGGGGGCUCAACAUGCAGGUGGUGUCGGUCGGAGCAGGGAGAGGAAGGGGUAAGGACAUCCCAGCGAAAGCAGGACGAGGAGUUAAAAAGACACAUUCCCCCUCCUCCACCAGCCCCACCAAGCCUGAGGAGGAGGAGCCUAACUCAGGGGCCGUGACCCAGCAGCUGAAUGGCAGCCCUGCAGCCUCCACUAUUGGCCAGCCUCUGGAUCUGCCCCCACUGGCCCAUCCAAUCCCGUGUGCCUUAGCAAGCAGAGACAACCAAACAGAGGAGGCCCCCUGUUGCCUUGACGACUGUCCUUCAGACGUUCCGAAGGAGGCGUGACGAGGCUUUCCCAGAAUGCACCAGGGUGUUCUGAAAAAGCUGUCUGUGUUUCACUGCCCCUUGAUUUUGUCAUGUAGUUUUAUUUUAUCUUAACGAUCAGAGGUUUUUCUCCAUGAGUCCGUAUGUAUGUAAGCCCCUGCCUACCUAAAGCACCGCCCCCAUGGCCCGUCGCUAUAGUAACCCCAGCCCACUGUCUCAUGAUGUUCUGAUGGUCCCUCCCUACUGUUAAUAUUCCUACCGGGAUCCUUGCGGUUAGACUUGAACUGCGGUGUUUAGUAGUGUGUUUAGAUACACUAACAUCGACACUACCACACACUGUUGGCUAGGUGCCUGGGUUUGGUUGCCGGGUGUGUCGGUUGUUGCCAUAGGGACCUCAUGGUGAGCUCAGAGUUCCAGGAGUGUUGGACUCUAGAAGUGUCAGAGGAGGAAUAGCGAAAGAGGAGGAUGACGAACGAAUGAGUGCAGUGUUUGUGUGCUAAAUAAGCCCAGUUUACCACCAACAAUGAUUUAUUAGUGUUAGCCGCGCCACUAACCACCCAGAGAGCGUGUUUGCAUUGCUAUAACCCUUCAGUAGCAUUUGCACCGCCGCACCGCUAAUGCAUUAGCAUGCUAACGUAGCCCACACCUUGAAUAACAUUAGCACUUGCCCUAAUAUGUUAUCAUGCUAAGUUAGCCUAGCCCAGCUGUAUUUAGACCCCCUGACCACAGAUGUAAUGUAACCUGACGCUCCAACGUAUGGAAGCUCUUACCCCUAUAUUAGAUUAUAUCCCCUAUGCUCUGAUUGUAUAUCCCAACAGAGAGCACUAAUGUUGGAUUCAUUGAUUUAAUAUUGAUUAUUAUUGACCAGACCCCUAGACAGUUGGUCUGAGAGAGUUCCCUUGCGACCUAGGAAAUCACUUUGAUCAUUGACCUCAAGGUCUAUUUUAACAUGGCCUUUGUGUUCUGCAAACGAGACCUGUUUGAAUGUGAUCAGAGUAGGGCUGCACAAUUCAUCCAAACUGCAAUAUUGACAUGUGCAAUAUCCAUAUCGCAAUAUUUUGCAACCCCACUCAGCCGUGUGUACGGUCCGUUAUUAUAGUCGACUCUGUCGUCCCUCUCCUCUUGCGGCUGAUUCCUACAACUCAAGCAGCACAGUUCCUCUUCUGUUAGAUUCACUAGAAGCUUCCAUGCUGUUCUGUUAGGUCAAAUGCAGUCGGCACAUUGUUCCAAACAAGAAUGGUGCUGCUUUCCACUUAGCUUCUUAAUAUAAAUCAUUAUAUUUCUCUGAUUCCAACUGUGUUUUGAUCGAUCACAAGUCAAAUUGUAAUAUUUGUUCAAAGUAAAUAAAAUGUGGCAAUAUGAUGCAGCCCUAGAACGGCGUGGUCUUCAGAAGAAGCACGUUUAGUUUAGGAAUCCUCUAGCAGGUCAAAACAUUCACGCGAUCAGAGACAAUAUGAUGCAGCCCUAGAACGGCGUGGUCUUCAGAAGAAGCACGUUUAGUUUUAAAAGGAAUCCUCUAGCAGGUCAAAACAUUCACGCGAUCAGAGAUGGAGGACAUCUUUGUAUCUGUACCGUUAUUGCAUCUAUGACAGUAUGGGCAGCUCUAUAGAGCCUAGCUUCAUUUUAAAGUAGUCUAUUUUCUUCACAGUUAGCUAAUCCCUCCCAGUUUGACAUGACUUCAACAGGGUCACUAGGAGGGAUCAGCCAAUGAAGUUGGGAGGCCCACACAGUCGACUACAUUAGAAUGGUGGAAGCGCUCAAUGGCGCUGCCCAGGCUAAUACGGCCUGUUGGCCAGUAGAGGCCUCUAUCAUUCUCUAUGGGCCAAGUAUGGUGCCACGUCAGAGGACGGGAGGGUCAGGGCUUAAAGGUCAGAGUGCUGACGCUACCAAGCUCCUCUUCUGACUGGCACCUUGUCUAAAUGAACCCAAGGCUGCAUCUGAAAUGGCAUUCCCUGCGUAGUGCAUCAGAAGCAGUGCCUUUAGAGACAAGACCUGAUGAAGUCCCAAAGCAUAGACCCACACUAGCCUUGUCAGCUGGCUGGCCAAUCAGGACAGGCCUGGUAGCACCGCCUGGUGAUUGGUUAGCAGUUUCCACUGCGAUAGCCCAGCCUUCUAAGCUCUUUAUCUAACAGGAAGCACUUCCCCCAAACCACUUAGCCAAUCAGCAGGGGUUUAAGGUGAGAACACUUGCAUGUUCCGCCCACAAUCUAAAGAUCCUAAAUAGUUUUAAUGUUAAACUCUUUAUGUUGUCAUCAUUAUAGUAGAGGAUAAAGUAUCAUUUUAAUAGGUCUGCUCUGAGUAUUGACUUGUUUUAAUGUUAGUAGAAGACUACAGAGAGAUAGCAGAGAGGAAUCAGUUUUAAUGUUAGUAGGAGACUACAGAGAGAUAGCAGAGAGGAAUCAGUUUUAAUGUUAGGAGACUACAGAGAGAUAGCAGAGAGGAAUCAGUUUUAAUGUUAGUAGGAGACUACAGAGAGAUAGCAGAGAGGAAUCAGUUUUAAUGUUAGUAGGAGACUACAGAGAGAAAGAAGAGAGGAAUCAGUUUUAAUGUUAGUAGGAGACUACAGAGAGAUAGCAGAGAGGAAUUAGUUUUAAUGUUAGUAGGAGACUACAGAGAGAUAGCAGAGAGGAAUCAGUUUUAAUGUUAGUAGGAGACUACAGAGAGAUAGAAGAGAGGAAUCAGUUGUAAUGUUAGUAGGAGACUACAGAGAGAUAGAAGAGAGGAAUCAGUUUUAAUGUUAGUAGGAGACUACAGAGAUAGCAGAGAGGAAUCAGUUUUAAUGUUAGUAGGAGACUACAGAGAGAUAGAAGAGAGGAAUCAGUUUUAAUGUUAGUAGGAGACUACAGAGAGAUAGAAGAGAGGAAUCAGUUUUAAUGUUAGUAGGAGACUACAGAGAGAUAGCAGAGAGGAAUUAGUUUUAAUGUUAGUAGGAGACUACAGAGAGAUAGCAGGGACUAACCUCUACAGGGCUGUCAGACAAUAGUAACCGUGUUGGACUAACCUCUACAGGGCUGUAGUUGACACAAACAGAAAAGGUCUGGCUGCUAAGUAGUCCAAUUGCAGGCCAAACUACCGUAGUAGAAUGGAAAUAACCCCCGGAGAGCGCACAGUUGCCAGAACAACCGUAACAUCUGAAUAGAGACAGCACUUCAACCCACAUAGGUUUGGAUAGAGACAGCACUUCAACCCACAUGGGUUUGGAUAGAGACAGCACUUCAACCCACAUGGGUUUGGAUAGAGACAGCACUUCAACCCACAUGGGUUUGGAUAGAGACAGCACUUCAACCCACAUGGGUUUGGAUAGAGACAGCACUUCAACCCACAUGGGUUUGGAUAGAGACAGCACUUCAACCCACAUGGGUUUGAAUAGAGACAGCACUUCAACCCACAUGGGUUUGGAUUUCUGCGGCUCAUGACUGUGUUGUGGGACUGUUUACAAGCAAAUAGAGAGUUUCGAGAUUAAUUCCACAUCAAGUAUUUGGAACAACAAUCUUUUAGGGAUAUCUAGCAGACAGAGUUGAACUGGUCAUAUAAUACCCAGCAUGACUAGACGACUACGACUCAUACAUACAUAUACAGUAUAAUACUUUAACCUUUAACCUUUCAUUACUGUAGUACAAUAAAACGGACCACUGCAGGUCAUGAGUAUGGCUCUUCAGCCAGGAGGAGUGGUGAGCCUAUUUAUGUCACUCCACUAUCUGACCAAAUUACACACGACCCUGUCGACUCGUUCCUAACGAUACUUACUCAUAUAUACACACAGUAGUUGUUAACAGCACUCUGUGUGUUUGUGCUGAAGUGAUGUUAAGUUGCUGUUCCUCGUCAGUUUCUGUCUGUGGGUGAAGCAGAGAGACUUGGUAACUCUCUACUGUUGUACCGAGCUGCAGUCUGACACACAGCCCUCUCCACUCAUAACAAUACUUUCACGCGCACAUUGUCAUA